CUGGUGAUCCUGAUAUGGUUAAAUUUGAGGUCACAUGCCCUCCAAAUUCCAAAUGUGCUGUGGACCUACAGAUGCAUACAUGUUCUUGCAGGGAAUGGGACCUUAUUGGGAUCCCUUGUAUGCAUGCAGUUGCUUGCAUUGGCUUUAAUAAUCUGAAGCCUGAAGAUUUUGUGCAUCCAUGGUAUUCAAGGAGCACACAUGAGCAGCUCUAUGGUUUUUUCAUCAAACCGACUGCUGGUGAGGAAUAUUGGACAAAGUCAAAUGAGGACCCUGUCCAACCUCCAAAGUUAAAGAGGCCACCUGGUCGUCCCAAGAAGCAAAGGAAGAAAGGAGCAGAGGAACCAAAAGAUCCAUACAAGCUGAAAAGAAGCUUAGGUCCCAUAGUUUGUGGGAAGUGUGGAGGUAGUAAACACAACAUUAGGACUUGCAAAGGUCCUUCAAUUGCUUCAAGUUCAAAGAAAAAAGAGAAAAAUUCCUCAAGGAAAUCCAAUGUUGUGCCUAUUGGAACUAAUUCUACAGUUGCAUCGGCUGAUGGUACUAAUUCAACACAGGGGACUCCUCUGGUAGGUCGAGAUUUUCCACCUGAAAGGCCAAGUCCAUCAGCACAGGUAUAUAUUAAGUAGUAUUAUUUUUCUUAUAAGUAAACUUGCAAAUGAGUUUAUUAGCAUGAAAGAUUUCUAUUAUCCAGUUGAGGAAUGCUUCAAGUUCAGGAGUAACUGUUUCAAGUUCAGUAGUGCCAUCUCAAGUUGCAUCAAGUUCAUCUAUGUGGAGGUUUGGCUUUGGAGUAACACCAACUAUGGCAAUGCUAGAUAGACAAAGUGUUGUGAGGGGAGUGCCUGCAUUCAGGACCCCUCCUGUGAGGCCAUCGACUGUACCCCCGAACCAGCAAAUCAACAAAUCAGUACAAACUCAGUUCAUUUUCA